AUGAAGAAAGAAAUUGAUGUUGCACUUAACCUACUUUGUUCUUAUGUUCAACGAUUUGGUUCAAUAAAAGAAGAAAGUAUCGAACAAUUUCGUACACAACUUGAAAAAACUUUACUUGAACGUUACCAAGGACAUUGGUAUCCAGAUAAACCUAUUAAAGGACAAGCUUAUCGUUCACUUGAAUUCAAUAAAGAAAAUGAUUUUUGUGAUGUUAUUGUUGCUCAAGUAUGUCAAAAUUUAGGUUUUACACCAAAUUUACUUGGUAUGCGACAUGAAUUAACGUUAUGGAUUGAUCCAUAUGAAGUUUCUAUAAGAUUGGGAAAUCAUGUAUGUGCAAAAGAUAAUCAACAAUUAAUAGUUGCUCGAUUUGAUAAAGAUGGAAAUGAACUUUUUUAUUAUGAUCUUGAUACAUUAUUAUCUCAAAGUCGUAUACCUAUGGUUAAUAAAUUACGAGCAUCACCAACAAAUUCCUCACCAUGUGAUUCCGUUAGUAAUUCUGGUGCUUCAACACCACAACGUACAUCAUCACCAUAUCCAGGAACACAACCAUCCAUGUUUCAUAAUGGUCCAUUAUUUACACCACCAAGAGCCUUAUCACCACGAGCACCAGUUUUCCAAAUGUCAUCAACAGCUCCGAUCAAUGUUCCACUAAACUCACAUCCAUUAGAGAGUAGUAUUAAUAUUGAUGAAGGUAUAUUAAAUGAAGAAAAUCAAAGUCAACCUGAUCGUCCGGAUACACCACAUUCAAUGCAUAGUACUACAUCAGACGAAUCAUCUGAUAGUGGUUAUUGUGGUUAUGUUGAAAGUUAUCCAUAUUAUUACAAACUCAAUCGUUUAUAUAAAGCAUUAGCCUUACAAAAAUAUAAUGAAAAUGGACAAUUAAUACGUAAAGUUCCACAUCAUCGUCGUGUACCAUAUCCUAUGCAUCAACAACAACAAUUUAUGAUUCCAUCACUUUUUUCUACUUCUCCACCAACACCAACUCCAAUGAAUAUUGAUCAAUUAGCUCCAUUCUAUGAAAAUCCAUCAUUAUAUCCAAUAACAACGGGUGUUGUUGGUAGUCGAAAAUCUAAGUAUUAA